UACAUGGAUGUCAUCCACCCUGAGCCUCAGCAGGAGAUGGAAGGGAGGAUAGAAGAGGAGAGUUCACCGGAGGGCAGGAGGGAGGGAACUGGGAUGGAGACCCCCAGGAUGCAGGCAGACACCCAGGAUGAGAGCCUCUCCCAGGGUGGGCUACGCUGGGCCAAGCUGUUUGGAGCAGCAGGGAAUCCCUCUACCAGGACACAGAGGGCACCUCAAAACCUCAAUGGGACACAGACCCAGAAAAGGAGACCUUCACAGUGGCUGCAGUUGGACAGGUCUCAGCUGGGCCUAUUGGCUCAGACAGUGUGGUCAGGGAAACUCCCAGCUCCACAGCCUGACCAGAAACACCAGACAUAGACAUGGUGCCCCAGGACCACACUCACCCAACCCUCUGAUGAGUGGAGAGGGGUAGGGAAGAGAAGAAAAGAUACACUACCAAAAAUCUCAACCGCAUGAUCCUGAGUCAGUGUUGUAGUGCACAGUGUUGCACACAGACACGUAAGCUAGAACACACUCACACUGAUCAGAAAAGCACAUUAGAACAAUUGAUACAACUAUCGGAGCAUGGGUAAUACUUUUUGCUAUGUUAUUAUUAGGUAAUAACAACUCCCCCCAUGUACUAUUAGAUUUACAAGUGCUUCUGUUCAUCUGUCAUGAAUUGGGAUUUAUGCAAUAGAUACUCCCUGUGAACCUGUCAAUCAAACUAUGUGGUCAGAGAGGCUCCUCCAACGUUAGGGUCUUGCCUUAGGAUCUGAAAGCCUUGUACACCAUCCCAGACUCUGCAGAAGAAACCAAUUAGUGUGUAAUGGAGCUGCAUGCAUACCAUACAGUAGCAUCCUAUUCUCCUAAUAGUAUCAAUCUGAUCCUCUACCUUCCAACCCCUACACUGUGACUAUCCUAUGUGCGAUUGGAAGGACAACAAAGAAAUGCAGAAAGGCAAUCUUUACUAGCCAUGUUUACUAGUGCCACAUAUUAUGCCAGUCAGCAGCCUUGUGCAGUGGCUUAUCUUCCAAAAGGAGGUUGCCUUCACAUUCAACUAGACAAAGUUAAUACAUGUUUAUGAGGUAAUCCCAACUGUAGCAUGGUAAGAUUUCUGUGCAUGUGUAAAAACAAAUGUUCAAUGAGUCAUUAGGUGCUAAUUUAGGCCUACUACUGUGUGUGGUUGUACUACCUAUAUCAAUAUCCUGUUAUACUGUUUUUUUAAAUGAGAGAAGUAGAGUUUUGUAAAUAUUUAGGUAAGCAAAUUCUAGAUUUGUGGCACUGUUAGGUGUUGUUUGCACAAUAUAAAGCUAUCAUGUUGUGUUUCAGGUGUACACUGUUUUGAUAGGCCAGUACUACUAAGCUAAGGAGAAAGAGAAAGGCAAAGUCUGAAUUUGCGUGACAGGAAUGACUUGGUUAUUAUAGACCUCCCGAGUGGCGCAGUGGUCUAAGGCACUGCAUCACAGUACUAGCUGUGCCACUAGAGAUCCUGGUUCGAA